AUGCCUUCGUUGGUGCACAAGCGCUCUACGCAGCACUUUACGGAUAACUCCGGGCCUGAAGGUCUACCAUCUCGGGAGUCCUUAGUUCCCGGCGGAAAUCCAAAGCGUGUUCGUAUCAUACCUGAGGAAAUGUUCUCCGACGAUGAAUUUGGUGAGGAUCAAGAUGGCGAGGAUAGCGACGUGCUUGUGAAGCCAGAUAUGGAUGGAAUCCGUCUUCCGUCGGAGGCUGAUUCAGAUCUGGAAGAGGAGGAAGCCAUGAGUCAUGGAGGAGGCGAAAUAGAGCGGAAUAUUCAACCUUUUCAGCCUGGAAGCAUUGUUAGAAUUAAGGCUGAGAAUUUCGUCACCUACACGGCUGUUGAAUUCCUUCCGGGCCCAAACUUGAACAUGGUUAUCGGGCCUAAUGGAACGGGCAAGUCGACCAUUGUCUGUGCUAUUUGUCUUGGAUUGGGCUCUAGCCCGGCAAAUCUUGGCCGAGCAAAGGAAAUUUCGGAGUUCGUCAAACACGGCUGUGAUACGGCUGUCAUCGAAAUCGAAUUGCAGGGAAAGGAAAAUGAGAGAAACCCAAUCAUUAAACGGAAGAUUGGACGAGAAAACAACACCUCCACAUUUACGCUCAAUGGUUCGCCUAGUACGCCUGGGAAAAUUACGAAGCUUGUAAAAUCCUACAACAUCCAGAUAGACAAUCUUUGCCAAUUUCUUCCUCAGGACCGUGUUGUUGAGUUCGCUGGCUUAACGGCUAUUGAUCUAUUGACUCAUACCCAACGGGCCGCGGCACCCCCAGAGAUCCUUGGUCAUCACGAAAAUCUCAAGAAGCUUGGUAAAAACCGAAAGGAGUUGCUAAAUGAGUUAGAAAUCGACCGUAAUCAGUUGGCAUCAAUGGAGGCGCGACAGGCUGCUUUACAGCAGGAUGUUGAGCGCCUACGGGAGAGACAAGAGAUUAUUAAAAGGAUCGAGCUGCUGGAAAAGGCCAAACCCUUUGUUAAAUACCGAGUGGCGAGAAGUCUAGCCAAAGAUGCCAAAGAUGCAAGCAAGGUUGCUGAACGGGAACUCCGCGAGCUUGAGCAGCAGGUCGAGCCAAUGACUGAGGCGCCCAAGGCAAAGCGCAGAUAUCAGAAGGCCCUUGAGAGGUGCGUGGUGGCAAGGAAGAAGGAACUUGAAGCCAAAGAGGCAGCAGUUACAAAGUUCAAAGAUGAUGUUAUAGGGAAAGCCGAUGAGAAGAUAACAGACAUUACCGAUAAAAUGGAUGCAGCUAGAUCGGCGGAACAGACUCGGAAACAGCAGAUAGUGCGAGAAAAAGAAAAAAUUGCCAAACUUAAGAAGCAAUUAGAGGAGGGUCCCCCAGAAGUCGAUCUGGCCUAUUAUAACGGGAAGAUUAGUGAUAGCAAUCAUGAGGUUAGAGACAUGAAAGCGAAGAUCGAUGACAUUGACUCAGAGAUCAGACCCAUGGUUGAGAGGGCGAAUCAGAUUACCGGUCAAAUAAGUCGGAAGAACAAGGAUCUUCAGGAUUUGAAUUCGGUUAUUGGAGUUCGUGAGAGAAUGCUUGAACGCAUGAGCAGGGAUACCCAUCAAGUUUGGCAGUGGAUCAAAACCCACCAGGGUGAAUUCAGCCAAGAAAUACUUGGUCCCCCAGUGUUGACCUGUAAUGUUACCGAUCCCAGAUACGCCGAUGUUGUUGAAUCGCAGCUCGGCAAAAACGACAAGCUUGCCCUUGUGGCACAGAACAAAACCGAUUAUCGGAAGUUAUUGGAUGUGUGUUUUGGUGCUGGUCCUGAGAGUCUAAAGUUGCGCGAUGUUACCAUCAGGGAAAAUUCCAAUGUCCCCAUUCCGCCUUUGCCGAUGGCAUCAGAAGAAGCGCGAGGGUUGGGGUUUGACGGUUUUACUAUCGACUUUAUAGAUGGACCAGCGCCCGUUAUAUCAAUGCUGUGUCAGGAAUGCCGCAUUCACACAACGCCUAUAAGUUUCAGAGAGUUUACUGCUGUCCAAAAUAAAAACAUGGAGAGUACCAGGAUUAAUAGAUGGAUCACUGGGCGAAAUAUGUACACAUUGCGGAGACGUUAUGGCCAAGUUAUGACAAACGUAUCCUCGAUUCGCAAUGCUCAAGCCUUUGCUGCGCAGCAGGUUGACACACAAGCAGAGCAGGAGAUUCGUCGCUCCAUUGGAGAGAUGGAAAGUGACUUGGAGGAUGUCAAGAGAAAAAUAGAGGAGCUGAAGGAUUCAAGGGCUACAUUUGUUACCAAAUAUAAGGCGGCGCAGGCUGCCAACCAAAAGAUCAAGACGGAAAAGGUUGCAAAGCAGCAUGAGGCAGCAAAGUAUGUCAAGCUUAAGGCGACUCUAGCAAGUGCUGAGGAGGAUCUCAAGAGGAAGAUGGGAGGCGGGGAAGACUAUAAAGGGAGCAUGAGAAGAUGGAAGUCACAGAAAGAGGAACUUGUGAUGGAGAGGGCAGUUGAUGCACAAAAAUUCGCAAACCUUGCGAAAGGUCUUGUGGCGAUCCAUAACGAGUUAAUCUUGUGCCAGAUUAGACUUGCAGAGGCAGGCUCGGAUGUCGAGACCUUGCAGAGGAGGAUCCAGGAUGUAUUACGAGACCUUGAAACUAAGAAGACUGAAUCUGCUGAUCUCGCAAAACAUGCAACUGAAUGUGCCGCCCGUGCUCGCGCGCUUCAAGGUGCCUGUCGCAAGAUUAUACAGGGACUCUCUCCCGAAGAAUCAGAAUUCAUGAACCAGAUUCCUCCCGAAAAGAACGGCGAAGAUAUCGAGACAGACAUUGAAGCCGAGAGUGCCCGACUCGAUUUACUUCACGAAGGAAACCCCAACGCCAUUAAACAAUAUGAAGACCGUGCAACCAGAAUUCGGAACCUCGAGGAUAAAAUUGCUGAGCGAGAAAAGAACUUCCAGAAACAUUCUGCUGCUAUAGCUGAACUUCGGGGUAAAUGGGAGCCUGUAAUUGACCGCCUUGUUGCAAAAAUUUCUACCGCCUUUUCAAAGUCCUUUGAGAAAAUCAACUGCGCUGGCGAGGUCCGUGUGCACAAGGAAGAAGACGAAUACGAUAAGUGGGCUAUACAGAUUUUGGUCAAGUUCAGAGCAAAUGAGAGUUUGCAGAUCCUGAACAAUCAGCGUCAGAGUGGUGGCGAGAGAGCUGUCAGCACAGUUUUCUAUCUAAUGGCGCUGCAGAGUCUUGCGCGUAGUCCUUUUAGAGUUGUUGAUGAAAUUAACCAAGGGAUGGAUCCUAGAAACGAGCGACUUGUCCACCAUAGGAUGGUUAGUAUUGCUUGCCAAGAAUAUACCUCGCAGUAUUUCUUGAUCACCCCCAAACUCCUACCUGACCUCUCCUACCACAAGCGGAUGAAGGUCCAUUGCAUCUUCUCUGGCGAUUGGCUCCAGGAGGACACAAGGUUGGACCCGGACAAAUACCUUAGAAUCGGGGCUAGGUUGAAAACAACGGCACAUUAA